AUGGGUGUCAAGAAGUUAUCCGCUUAUCAAAAGACAGUGGGUGGAGGGCAUCUCAGCCGGGAUUGGGUAUGGGAGGCUGGCCCAUCCGAAGUAGAGACAUGCCCCAUCGGAACGCAAAUGUCAAAUCACACCUCAUGUCACCAAGGUCGCAUUCCUCUUUAUUCAGCUCUGGUGGAUUCAGUUCAGCAUAUCCAGGAAGCUGUACUCUUUGCCAAGAAACAUGAUCUACGCCUCACGAUUCGCAACACAGGCCAUGACUUGGCUGGACGAUCCAGUGCAGCCAACUCCUUGCAGAUUCAUACCCACCGUCUGCAAAAGACUAGCUUUUAUCAGGAUUUCCGGCCGAAUGGAUCUCAUGAGACGUUCGGACCCGCAGUGAGCAUUGGCGCUGGUGUACAGGUGGGAGAGCUCUAUGCCCGAGCUGCUGAGAAGGGAUAUACCGUGGUCGGCGGCGACUGCCCUACAGUUGGUGUGGCUGGAGGCUUUUUACAAGGAGGAGGAGUGUCUGACUUUUUGAGCCUCCAAUACGGGUUGGCAGUCGACAAUGUCUUGGAGUUUGAAGUGGUCACCGCAGACGUAAGUCCCACCAGCCGAACUCAUGAUACGGAACGAGCAUACCUAACGCCUCCACAGGGCAGAUUGAUUAUUGCGAACUCCAACCAAAACCAGGAUCUGUUUUGGGCCUUGCGCGGAGGGGGUGGAGGGACAUUUGGCGUGGUUACAGCGGCUACAGUCCGGGUAUUCCCGGAUAUCCCUGCUGUCGUUGCUGAGCUCCGUGUCCAAUCAUCACACGCGAAAAGCACAUCGCCUGAGAUACUCGCUUGCUUGUUCACGGCUCUGCAGAUUCUCAACAGGGAAAUGAUUGGUGGCCAGCUAGUAGUGGAGGCCUUGCCUGAUCAGGCCUUUCAGGCCAGUCUAAAAUUGUUCUUCCUUAACCGAACCGAAAGCGAAAGUGUCGACCAGCGCAUGUGGCCAUUGUACAACGAGCUGAGGCUGAUUGAAAAUAACGCCACGUACAGCUCGAUCGCGUUGCCCCGUCUCAGCAACAACUACCGACAAGUGCCCGAUAUCCACACCGACAACGACUUCGGCAUACUUGGGUCAUCGGUUGUGAUUUCUAACCAGCUAUUUAACGCCUCUGAUGGCCCAAAGCAUGUGGGCCAUGCCUUGGCACGAGUUCCUAUGGUCCCCGGAGACCUAUUAUUUACUAGCAAUCUCGGGGGAAGAAUCGUGCAGAAUAAAAAUUCGGUCAACACAUCCAUGCAUCCUGGAUGGAGAGACUCCGCCCAGUUGAUCAAUUUUGUGCGAACAGUUGAACCAUCCAUUGAGGGACGCGCGGCUGCCCAGCAUGAUCUGACCAAUAUCUAUAUGCCUUUGCUGUACGCAAUCGACCCGCGCUUUCGGGUUUCAUAUCGCAACGUGGGAGACCCAAAUGAGAAAGAGUUCCAGGAAGUUUACUGGGGUGAGACAUAUGCGAGGCUAUCCCAGGUGAAACGUGUGUGGGACCCUAGUGGAUUAUUCUUCAGCAGACAAGGAGUGGCAAGUGAGGAGUGGGAUUCGGAGGGAAUGUGUAGAACGAGGAAUGUAUUCGUGAGCUGGCUGAUUGAUGUGCUACGCAAACCUGCUCAUGCAGUGCGUCUUGCAUACCAGCAACAGCGUAUGAGCAGUAAAAAAAUACGGCAAUGA